GCGUGUGUGUUAAAGGAGGAAAAAAUCUAUCAAUAAUUUUCAAGACGCAACGAAACGAGCAAGCAUACGCAGCAGAGUUUUUCGCUAAAAAUUACCCUGAAAUGUUGUGAAAUUCCGGCUUAUUUCGGAUUCAAUGUGGACCGCAAUCUCCGAAUAACCCGUAACCGUGGCGAUUGUUAGUGAUAAUCUCAGUUUCGAGCGCUAUUUCCUCCAGAAUAUGCAACAAAUAGACGACCCCCCGUAUUUGACUGUUGGCACGGAGGUAAGCGCCAAAUACAAGGGGGCUUUUUGCGAGGCCAAGGUCCGCAAAGUGGUACGGAACAUCAAGUGCAAGGUUGCGUACAAACAGACUGGACUCGGAUCCGGCAUCGUGUCCGACGACCAGAUCAAGGGGGCGCUCCGCGCUGGUGCUACCGUCGAAGUAAAACAUCCGGAGCGGAAAGAGUACGUGGAAGCGACGCUGACCAAGAUUCAGGACUGUUCGCAGUACACGGUAGUGUUUGACGAUGGGGACAUUACGACGCUUCGGCGUAGUGCAUUGUGUUUGAAAAGUGGAAGACAUUUUAAUGAAAGUGAAACGCUUGAUCAGUUGCCACUAACUCAUCCGGAGCAUUUCGGCAAUCCGGUAAUUGGCGGUCGCAGAGGAAGGAGGUCCCGGCAUCUACUACAGGACGAAAGCUCCGACGAAGAUGACGAACCGGUCCCGAACGCACGUGCAAAUACUAGUGAUAAAGAGGAGAACAUUGGUAAGGUGGUAUGUGUGGAAUCCACAGACAACAAGCGCAAGAAUCCGAAGGAAAACUGGUUCCCGGGUUUGGUGGUUGCACCGACCGCCCAGGACACGGUUCGGAUUCGCGUGAAGGAUGAAUACUUGGUGCGGUCGUUCAAGGACGGCCGUUACUACACUGUACCGAAGAAGGAAGCAACUGAAUUCACUCGAGAUUGUACCAACAAAUCCGAGGUCGCUGCGGUUUCCGCUGCGCUAGAUUUUAUGGAUAACGAUACACUCCCUGCGCAUUGGGAUCGCGAAGCAUUGUUCGGGAUGGCUGGUAGUUGCAGCGAUUCGGAACAAGAACUGGAAACGGACAGUUCUGAUGAUGAGCCUACCGAAGAGAAGGAUCAUUUUGUGGCUCAAUUGUACAAAUUUAUGGAUGAUCGCGGGACACCAUUGAAUAAGGUUCCAUCGAUAAUCAAUCGUGACGUUAAUCUAUACCGACUAUUCCGAGCUGUACAGAAGCUCAAUGGUUAUAAUCGAGUAACCAGCCAAAACCAGUGGAAGCAAAUUGCGUUGCGGUUGGGAUUCUCCCCAGCUACGGCAAGCAUAACAAAUCUAGUAAAACAAGCUUAUAAGAAGUUUUUGUUCUCAUUUGAGGAAUUCAAUCGGAAAUUGGGAUGUACCAUGGUUCCUCAUCCGCGUACAAACCGUUCGAAAGGUCGCAGUCUGGUGCGUGCCAGCUCUGUGCAAUCCCCGAAAAUUACAGAAAAGGAGAAACCGUCGACCUCGAGUAAGGUAACAUCGGUAGCGGCAGCCGUGGCUGCAGCUGAAGCUGCUUCCAGUUCAGCUGUCGAUGAGUCUGGUAACACCAGUGAGUCAAGCACUGCUGAAACUAAGCCCCCAACUGCAACUAAACGGAAGCUUUCCGGUGCUGGCGCUGGCAAGGUUAAAGCGCUUGUCGAUAAGUUUGAGGAGAAGGAAAAAGAAAAGAACAAAGAAGGGUCAUUAGGCAAAAAAGAGGAUCUCAACCCGCCUGCUAAAAAGGAAAAAUCAGCUAAACCGACAGGUCCUCCAACGAAAGUUGCUAAUGAUGGCAGCAAAGUUGAUCCCAAUGAAAAACGCGGUCGCAAGAGAAAAGAGACCGACUCAACGGAUUCGAAAAAAGACGAUAAGGAUAGUGGAAAAGGAUCCUCAAGUGGAGCCUCUUCUUCAUCAGCCAGUGGUGAUAGUAAGGCAACCACCGAAACAGGCAAAGUUGAUCCUUCUCCCGAUUUUCCGAUAGAAGUCGGAGACAAGCUUAAAGUGUAUUAUGAUGAACAAAAGGUAACCUAUGAGGCAAAAGUCAUCGAGAUUGCCAAACAAGAAGGCAGCCCCAUUUAUUUGGUACAUUACACUGGCUGGAACACAAGGUAUGACGAAUGGGUACGCAAAGAGCGUAUCGCGGAAAAUCUUACCAACAGUAAAACCAAGAAAGGUAAAUCCGAUCGGAAUAGCAGCAGUAGCAAACACGCCUCUACCCCACAAAGCAGUGGAAAUCCAUCGCUGUCGACAACUCCGUCGAGUGCCGCUACAACACCGACCACCACCCCGAAAGCUUCCAAACGUAUUCGGGGCAGCUCCAAAGGGGACAUCUCCGGACAUACCUCCACUAAUUCACCACGAUCCACAACGCCGAGUAUUUCAUCCCACCGGAAUAAAUCGCCUGCAUCAGCCCAUCAGGGAACGGGACCUCCGAAUCGUCGACCAGUAACCCGCGGUGGUCAUCCCCCGCCAUCGUCCUCUUCAAAGCGUCGCACCUCCAACAACACAGACAUUUCGUCGCUAUCGAUCGCCACCGAUGACAAUACCAGUGACACUGACUCCGAUGAGCCUAUCAAAAAGGGCCCAGCCAAUACCAACAGCAACAGUUCGUCCUCGACGGCAUCCUCCAACUCGUCCUCUUCGUCUUCGUCAUCCAGCAGCAGCAUUAGUUCGAGCAGCACGAAAGUAAGUACAACGGCCGAAGCGGGCUCGUCCUCGGACGCGGCGGCCAUCUCGGACGAGUUUAGCAACGGAGCUUCCAAGGGCCGCGAUUACGAUCUGAAUCAAAUCCGUUCCGAGCUCAAAGGCUUCAAGGAACUUAAAUCGCCGACUUCUCCAGCGUCGGACAGUACCACGACUGCCACGACCACGGAUGUUACGAGUUCAGCUGUCGCUGCAGGUCUGUCAGCUUCGGCCGCAACUGAUCUGGGCGAUAAAGAAACCGUCGUCGAGUCGUCAACCGAUACAAAACCUACACCAGCGAGCAGCGAUGGAAAAAGCCUAUUGGAAGAUCCGACCGAAGAAGAGCAGGAAAAAUCCUCCGAAACGGAAACCCUCAGUGAAGAAGAAUCAUCACAAUCUUCCAAUAAGGCAUUCUCCAGUUCACCUAUCACGGCGAUGGUGGACUCAGACACCGGACCAGAAACUCCAAUUCCUCCACCAACCGUAUCUACACCCACUCCGACUCUAACUGUGUCAAGUACCACAACAACACUAUCGAGUGGCAUUUCCGCUGCGACCCUAAGCAGCAACAGACAUGCUAAACCGACCCCAGAAAGUAUACAGGUAAAAACUAUCGAAAAAGUUGUUGAAAAAUCAGCAGACAAGCCAACCCUUAAACCAUCGGAUGAGAAACCAUCCGUCAGUGGUAUACUAGCGAAGCCCCCUUUGAAAACUUACGGGACGGCUGCAGCAAUUUUAGCGAACGCAGAAAACAACGCAGUUAAGUUUGCAUUAAGCACCAUAAUCAGGGAAGUUGAAGCUGAUAAGCUUCCUCUUAUAGUCGUUGAGGAAAACGCUGACGCUGGAACCAGUACUUCCUCGGCAGUACCAGCGGUCACCACCUUCAUUAAAGAUGUACCUGCUCCGAUUAUUACCAAACCGUCGCAUUUACUUUCGGAGGAAAAAACCACCGCAGUAUGUACCCCUUCUUCGAGUGCACGAGGCAAUCCUUCCGCCAGAACAGAAAUUACUUCCUCAAAUCCCACGCAACUCCUUGUGCCAGUGAAAAAUACAAAAAUGAUCAACGUCCAGGACGAGAUUGUAGCUACGGUGAUUAACAAGUCGGCCAUCGCAGCAGCAACUACUGCCAUUGCUGUUUCGGCAGCCGUUUCGUCUACAAUACCUGGCAGCGGUGGAAUGACGAUCCCUUCAGCAACAGCACCGACUACUGUUACUUCCACUACUUCUAGCACGUUAGCUGCUUUACGUGCGGAGAAAAAGUUCUCUGGAGAUAAGAAAAUGGAUAAAAUGUUGGGCAGCACUAUUGGUAAAGGGUUAGGCAUUGGUGCAGCUCUGUCGCAGCCAUCCGAGAAAAAGCUCUCAUCUUCAACACUAACUCCAGCCCAAAACAAACUGCUCAGUAAGGAAGCUCUGUCAAUUAAAUCAAUCUUCGAAUCCAGCGCAACUCGACUAGAAGAUAACAUCUCCGAUGUUUACGAAUUUAAGGAUGUGGAAUUUGAGCUUGAUGCGACCACUGCUGGGUCGACUCCCAGAAAACAUUUGUCGGAGGUUCCGCAAGCGGAGGUAGUUAAUUCGAUGACUCCGACAUUGCUGAGUGACGAAAAGAAGAUAGGCAAGAAAAAUCCAACCAGAAAACUUGAUCCUUUGGGGAUACUGGACAAAAAAUCCAAGAAGAUUUCACCCAUCAAAGAAACUGACAAGCUCAAACUUGUGCGGCGGGAAAAGGAACGGGAUUUGGAAAAGGAAAAGUUAUUAUUAACUGAGUUGGAAGGAGCGGCGAUCACAUUCAGCAGUACUAUGACUCCCCUAGAAAAAUCUUCACCAUAUUUUGCCGGAUUUUCCUCCUCCUCUAAGGUGGAAAACUCCGCAUACGAUGUAUUGCAAAAAUCCCCCAGUGUAAGCACUAUUAUUUCUCAACGAGAAGAGAAACCAUCCGUACUUUGUGAAGAACAAAAACCAGAAUUAGCGAAACCGGUCGUUGUUACUAAGGGCAUCUUUACACCGGUAAUGUCACCUACGGGACCGGAAACGUCGAAUAAUGAAUCGGUAAUGAGUCCAUCGAAAAUCGACGAAAAAAUAAAGGCAGAACCUACAUUGGAGAAUUGUAAGAAAUAUUUCAACGACAUGAACUUCGAGUUCGAUGCCCCUAAGAUUGAAAAACCGCCAUCAAUUGCUGACAAGGUACUCAAAGCCCUUGGUCAUCCACAACAGAGCCAUACGAGUAGCGUAAAAACCGAGUUCCCGAAGUAUAUAAUUCCGACCGGACAUCACAAGCUUCCUACAACCAUCCCCUUAAUCGAACCCGGAACGAGUUGCAGUCCCAUCAACGCAAUUCCUCUGAAAAUCGAAUCUCCUAGUUUCGUACCGAUAGUACCCAUCAAAACCCAUCUCUCUGAACCUCCGAAAAUUGAAAUCCACAGCAUCAUUAUGAAAAAGGAAAUAGAUUUGGCCAAAAUGACUCCCCUCGCUCCAAAGGCAGCUCCAAUUACGUUCUCCAUUAAGCCGGAAAUACUACCGGCGGCAACUUGCACCAAGAGCCAGGACUUGACUGAGUCGAUCAAAAAGCUAGAAACAUCCAAUCUCGUCCAGGCGGAUUCAUCGCGUUUUACCCACCACGAUGAGGACAGUACGGAUUCCAACGAUUCCGAGCAUCGUCUCGUAAUCGAAGACCCAGAAGCACUGGAUCUCCCCGCCACAAAUCCCAAUAAUCAACAGACCGAUUUCGAGAAGCUAAUCAAGGUAGAAGUUGAAGAAAAAUCCCACCACAUGCACCUUUCUCAGGCCGACAUGCAUUCGGCAGCAUCUGCUGCUGCUGUGGCGGCCGUAGCUUGCAAGGAACGGUUGGUUCUCAAAACGAGUGACCUGCUGCAUGACGUCGUUAAGGAAGAACCUCCGCAUCCUAGUCACUUCGCAGACAUCACAAUAGCGAAAAAAGGUAAACAACCGAGCAUCCUGGAAACGAUCAUUCAAAGUGAACUGAAUACCGUCACAAGCCGAGGCAUGGGAUCGCACAACUACCUGAAACUGAAAGAUCAACACGACUCCUUCGCUCAGAACGAACUCGAACGGCUACGUCGUGAGGAGCAACUCCAGCAGCAAAUCGGUACCGGGUUGCCUUUAGUGGGUGACUCUUCCGAGAAACAGCAGCAGCAGAACACCAACAGUGAAUCGCUCUCGAUGUUGCUCUGUGAGGAAACCAUUCCCGGUUCACCGGCUCCCGUUUGUGGUGUUUCGUCAGCUGCUGCUCAAAAGGAAUCGACAAAAGUUUACGUUGAAACCGGUUCCGCUUUCCUGCAACCACAAAACAUUGCCGCGCCGGAUCUGAAACCGGUGCCGAUGGAUCUCGAGCCGAGUACAGUGGAUCCCAUCGUCAUGGCAAGGAAGCCAUCGUCGCAGACGGAUGCUACAGAUACACCGAACAGUUCACCUAGGGAUUCCGUCAGUCAGGAUGAAAAUCAAGAAGUAGAUGCAUCACCAGCCAAGAAGCGAAGGCAGCGAAAAACCAGCGAGGAACCGACUAUCAAACGGAGGAGAACCAAUGCGGGGUUGGCCUCCAGCAGUGGCUAUGGAUCGAGAGGAAACCAUCGCCCAGUCGGAAGCAACGCUACCGACAGCGAGGACAACUCUGAUUCCAUGGCAUUCCAGCGUGGAGGUUCAGUAGGCGGGCAAUCAUCCGGUGCGGGUGGUUCCUCGACGGCUUCCCCCAGUGGUAAAUCCGGUAGGCCCUGUCAGUACAAUUUCCUCGUUAAUUUGGAUCCGGCACUUAACAGCGCCCAGCGUAUUGCGAUUCUGAAGAAAAAGAUCCAAGAGUUACGAAAAACGUACAAUGCGAUUAAAGCCGAACUGGCCAGCAUCGAUCGCCGACGCAAGAAGCUCCGCCGACGGGAGCGGGAAAACAAAAAACAAGCCAAAAUGGCAGCCACAGGUAGUGGAACCGUCUAACCACAAUAAGGUAUUGUAAGUGAUUCGGAUUAAGUGAUCAGAUAUUGUUAGGAUAAAAAACUAUUUCAAGAACGCAAUCCCUCUGAGUGAUUAGAUUGUAAGGCAAAUUUCGGAAAUAAUCCGACAUUAUUUUUACGUAACAUAUGAUUGGCUAACGUGAAAAAUUCAACAAUUGUACAAUCUGGUGUCGCACCGUAAGAGCAUUAGCGCCCUCUCAUAUGUUUUUAACUGUUUUUAGAUUUUCGUUAUUCUAAAUACUGUGUAAGAUUGCAUUACGUUCUAAAAUAUUUCGAAGUAUGAAAAUAUUCAAUGUUUGCAAUUUUAGCCGUAAACAAUAAAACUGUAAACUUGUGCAACAUUCACCGACAGUAGCAGCAUAGUAUUUUACACAGAGAUGUUUUUUUUUUAUAAUCGAAAUAGGCAUGAUUGUGGCACACAGAAAGAAGUUGAAUUGAUAAGAAGCAGUAACGCCUGGCUUGCAUAUUCUUAUCGUCUGAUAAUGUAAAUAAUGUAUCAGUGCUAACAAGUAAAAAUGAAGCCUGCUAUGGAGGAAUGUCAAAAAAUGUAAAACUCCGAUUACAUCCAUGUUGCUAAAUGAACUAUGCACACAUAGUUAGGUUAUACAUCAGAUGAUUACAGAUUAGCUACUGGUUUUCAUUUAUUGUGUAAGUCAAUGGCCAGUGUCUACAAUGAGGCACUUGCAAUUCGAUUGAUUUCAAUGUCUAUUUAAAUAAUUUAAUAAAAAAAGUUUAUUGAA